GAUCGAUUCACUGAUGAUGCAUCGAUGAGCCUGGGCCACGAUAGGUGAAUGAUGCGGGACUCUUAUCUUACUUUGUUUCAACUACUAGCUAUUCACAAUGAGAAAAGGCAAUUCGUCGAGGAAUUCGACACAACAAACCCACACGUCUAGUGAAGGAACAGCUCGUGAAAGUUCGAACCGACCCCGUAGCAGAGUCGGUCGGUUGCUGGAGAAGGUUAAAGACGGUGCGAAUAAGUUAAGGAUCUCGCGCUCGAAGAAUUCCCGUAGCCGUAGCCUUGCUCCCCCGGAUAUCGAGGUUCAGGCUGCUCCAUCUGGUGUAGAAGUGGAGGCUGAUACCCAAUCGGCACUUCGGGAUGCACACGGGGCUGCAAAACGCAUCCAUCCACUCUCGGGACCUGUGAUGUCUGUUGGCCAAGACGCACAAGCGGAUCUCGAUGCUGCCGGUAUGUAUGGACCCUCCUUUCGCUCGGAACCGAACUAA